AUGGUUGUGCGGGUGGAUGAAAGACUCCUUGCCCGGCUGUUUGAUCGGAGACAGGAGGAUGCUGCUAGAAUAUUGGGCAUGUCUCUGACGAGCCUCAAGAUGGCCUGCAGGCGCCUCGGCAUCAAACGAUGGCCGUACAGCCGUUAUGAACCACCUUCUGAAGAGAUCUUGUCAAACAGCAGCAGCCAGGCUGCAGUAUCGCAGCUGAGUGUCCAGCAGGCAGCGAGUCAGCCGGAGGGUGCAGAGGGUGCGGAGGGUAAAGAGGCUGCGGAUGAGGACGAGGGAAAGGAGGAAGCUGCUGAGGGAGAUGGGUGGCUCGAUUGGUACAUGGGGUGCGAAAUGAUGGAGGAAGAUGUAAGCUAUCCCAUCACGCAGAACAUUCCCAAUUGA